AUGGGAGGCAAACAGGCCUCUGUCUCUGAGCUCACCUGCAUCUACUCGGCCCUCAUCCUGAAAGAUGAUGAGGUGACAGUCACGGCCCUGGCAAAUGUCAACGUUGGGAGCCUCACUUGCAAUGUGGGUGCCACAGCAGCUGGGGCCACACUGGCCAGAGGUUUCACCGCCUCCACUGCUGCUGCUCCAGCUGAGAAGAAGAAAGUAGAAGCUAAGAGAGAAGAAUCUCAAGAGUCUGAUGAUGACAUGGGAUUUGGUCUUUUUAACUAA